CUCUUCUGGUUUCUGGCACGCCUGCCAGCUGAUCUUUGCCGGUGCCGGAGCACUGGAAAAUGGCCUGAAAAUGGGCCGAAACAGGCCAUUUUCUGGGCUGUUUUCAGGCUGUUUUUGGCCUGAAAACGGCCCGAAAAACAGCUUGAAAAUGGCUUGAAAAAUGGCCUGAAAACGCUCAAAAAAUAGGCAUGUGUGCACCAGCCAGCUGAUCUUCAGGUUGCUGGCGCUCUGGCACGUACACAUGCACACAUGCACGUGCGUUCUGGUUUGGGCACUCGGUGCCGAAAAGAUUAGCCAUCACUGCUCUUUUUUUAAAUUUUUGCUGAUGGACUUUUCUUUCUUGUUUUGGGGGGUGGGGUUAAUUUUGCAGGGAGUCAUCCUCGAGGCUCGGAGGAUGUCUAACGUGAUUGACAAUCUUUGGAACUACAUGCCCGAAGAAAUUAUGUCCAGUGUCUUUUCCUUCCUCUCGGUUAGAGACAGAUACACGGUUUUACACGUAUGCAAGAAAUGGGCUGCGGCUGUGGCUUCCUCUGCGGUCUGGAGUUUUACAGAACUUAGUUUUGACUUCGAAGAGGAAGAGGAAGCCUGUAUAUUAAGGACGUUACACCCAUACCUGGUCCAUAUCAGACACUUGAAGAUUGUACUGAACCAGUACUUGGAGUUAAACCGAAGACUUGUCACCCAAAUCAUAGACAUGCUGGCUUAUAAGAGGGUCAAGCUGCGGGCGCUGCACAUUAUCUGCCAGGGGUUGAGUCCUUACUUCUACUCUGGCCAAGAUGUCCUGCAAAGUGUCCGCCUGCUUUGCCAAAGCAACAAUAAGAUCGAUCUGCUACACGUCGACCUUCGGCAAAUGCCUUUCAUCCUGGACAAUGGCACGGUGCUUCUCCUGGCUUCCAGGAACCCAAACCUUCACACCUUGCUGAUCAACAACCGAGCUCCUGGGGUGAUUAUCCUGAAACCGGAGACCAUUGUGGAGGUGGCUCGGAUUUGCCCGAAACUUACGGUUUUAGGAGUUUAUUACACCAGCCUGUCAAAGAGCCUGUUCCAAGAACUGGUGAAACCCAACAGAGGACCAUUCAAAUGUUUGGACGUUUUGUACGAAGGUCUGGAGAAGCACAUUCCUGAAGAAUGUUGGGCCACAAUGAGCAAGAGACACCCCCAGUUCCGGGUGAAGUUUGAAUUUGCUGCCAUGGUGGACCCCACCAAGAUCCCCGCCGUCCUGAAGGCCAGCAUUCCCAUGAAGUCUCUGCAGUUCAAUUACCUUCAUUACGUCCCGGAUCUGCUGAGGCUGAUCACCGACUGCUACAGCCAGACAGUAGAGACAUUCAUCCUUUACACGGCCGCUUCAGAUGCUCUCAACUCCUCCCUGAUCGAGUUGGCCAAGAAGUGCGGGUACCUGAAGGAGGUUCAUUGUUACUGCGUCGUUAGCCAAGCCGUGGUGGAUGCGUUUCUCUCACACUGCCCUUACUUGAGGAACUACACACUGCCCACCACACUCUUGCCUUCUAUGUUACCAAUAUUGUGCCCUUAAUUUGACCAAGGUACCAGGUGAAUAUCUCCCGGUUCUGAAGCAUAAAUGCAGCCACGAUUCGGGACAUAGAAGGGGUACUUUCUUCUUGCACAGUGAGCAAUUUAAAUUAAAUUGUUUUUUAUUUAAAUGGCUUUCUUUUAUAUAAAUUGCUUUUUUUUAUUUUGGUAUUGCUGCACAGAUCCAUUUUAUAAAUCUCCUGAUCCAGGAACAUUCAUAAAGGAUCUUUGCAUUUUUUAAAUAUAAUAAUAAUCUCUAUAUGCACAGUCUCAUCACAGAA